AUGGUCUUCCUGGCCUAUCAUGGCUACCGAGUGACUGCCCAUGACCAACGCGGCCACAGUCGCUCGACCCAGACAUGGGAGGGUGGAAACAUGGAGACAUUCGUCGACGACCUGGAAGAAUUUUUCAAGAAACUCAACGGGAAGGACGCCGUGAUGGUCGGGCACUCGCAUGGCGGAGUUGAAGUGACCCGAUACCUCGGCAAGCACGGUACACGCGCCGCGUGA